AAAAUAAGCCCCAGACAGCUCAGGACCCCCUCAAAACAAAAACUCACUCAGGCUGCACGCGUGAGAAACAGCUCAAGGGCGUUCAUUCAGACCAGCAGAAAUGGAUGACGUUGAACAGGAGGGUAUAGAUGAAGACCUGAUUGAGUUUGCCAUUCGAGAAAGCAUUCAGGAUGCCUACAAGCUGCCGUGUUCAGUACAAACAAACAGGAAAGAAGCAAACAGUGAUAACUUUAUGAAGAUAAUGGCAGCCAUUCACAAAGGUGAUGUGGAUGCACUACAGGAGCUGUCAGGUUGCGUGUCUGCCUUCAGAGAGAUUGACGGCAGGGGCUGGACGCCUCUGCACGCAGCAGCUGUGCAGCCGCGGCCAGAGAUCCUGCAUGUGGUGCUGCAGGUGUUGACGUCCACAGAUGUGACGCUGGAGGAGCAGACGGAGGAGGGGGACACGGCCCUGACUCUGGCAGCCGAGGCCAACCGGGUGGAAGGCGUCAGGAUGCUGCUGCAGCACGGAGCUUCACCGCACAACACCAACGGCAGGAAUGAAUCUCCGCUGCUCGUCGCAGUGAGACGGAGCUCAUACGACAUGGUUUUAUCCCUCAUCAUGGGCGGAGCCUUUGUGGAGCAGGUGUGUCUCACUAAAUGGACGGCGACCCAUGAAGCUGCAAAGGUGGGCUGUCCAGCUAUUCUCAUGCUGCUGCUUCGACAUGGAGCCAAAGUAACAUCCAGGGACGGACAUGGGGUGACGCCUCUGGGGAUUGCAGCUGAUCAUGGCAACGCUGAAGCUUUGGACAUCCUCAUACAGCAUGGUGGUGAUGUGAACGCCCAGGCCAGCAACGGAGACACAGUCCUGUAUGAUGCGUCUGGAUCUGGAAACUUGGACUGUAUCAAGCUGCUUUUGCAGCACGGAGCCAACCCAAAUGUAGCCAGCUACGCCUGCCAGCUGCCCAUCCACAGAGCUGCGUAUGAAGGACACAUACUAGCCCUGAGGACUCUCAUCCCCAUCACCACAAAGAGAGCUAUCCGACUGUCAGGCCAGAGUCCCGUCCACUCUGCAGCUGACGGAGGACAGGUCGAAUGUCUGGAGCUGCUUAUCCAGAAAGGUUUUGAUGUGAAUGCCCUGCUAGAUACACACAUCUCUGAGAACUAUGGAGAUCUAAGGAAGUCUCCUCUAUACUUUGCUGUUUGCAACGGGGAUGCGACCUGCGCUGAGAUGUUACUGGCAGCUGGAGCAAAAACUGACCUGGACCCACUACGAUGCAUCUUGGUUGCUAUACGGGCUGAGAGGUAUGAGCUGGUGCAGCUGUUGCUGUCCUAUGGAGCAGAGGUCAACUGUUAUUUCCGAGUGAUCAGCAACACAGUAUUUCCCACAGCCCUGCAGUACUGCCUCAGAGACCCCGUCAUGCUGCGACUGCUGCUCAACAGCGGAUAUCAAGCUCAUAAGUGUUUUCAAUGUGGUCAUGGCAACAGUGAAGGAAUGGACAGUUCCUGGACUGACCUUCAUAACCAAGCAUACCGGAUUUACACUCAACCUCAGAUCAUCUCAUUCUGCGAGUUUGUCUCGGUGUCAUGGCUCACACAUCUGGUGGGCAGCGUUGUGAGGAUGCUCCUGGACUACGUCAGUCACGUCAGCAUCUGUUCUCAUCUCCAAAGAAUCUUGGAGAGGAGGCCGGAGUGGGAGGAGAUUUCUGAAAUACUGAGUAAGCCUCGGUCUCUGCAGCACUUGUGUCGCCUGGUGAUCAGAAGUCGAAUGAGCCUGAAGACGCUGAACGACCCUGAAGCCACGACUACUUUUCCUUUCCCUCCCACACUGACAAAGUAUCUGACUUACAGAGAGUACGACCUGUACAGUGAGCUCUCAUCUACAUGAAACCCAUUUUAUUCAUCGCUGUGACUGAAACACUCAUUAUAAAGCAGCACUAAUCAAAUUAA